GUAACAAAAUGACUGACUACGGAGAUGCUGAUAAAUACGUCAACGACGAAUCGAUCGAGAUGGCUUGGGCGAUCAAAGCCGGCGAACGGUCCGAAGUUCACAUGAAUCUGAUAAUGCGGUGUGACACUCGGGUUCUUCGGCUCAACAAGCAUCAGGAUGCGAUUCUCGCCGCAUUUCGAAGCUCAUUCCCCGAUUUGAAUGUGGAGGAGGUGACGACGAGUUUGCUGAAAGACGGCGGAGCCAAGGAGACAUGGCGCGAGUUUUGUGAGCAAUUCAAGGAUAUCGUCGACGAUUAUUCAAUGGGAACACUGAUGAGAAUUCAUGCUUCGAAGGCUUACAGUCCGGAAAAUACUGUGGUUGUUCCAAGAAUCAUCUACCUGGCAAUCGAGAUGGCACGCAACGUGGAGGGUGUCAACGAGAAGAAUAAGGAGGCAUACACGGCUCACCGCAAUUCGCUCGCCUCCUUGUAAUAAUUUCUCUCGUUUUUUUUUUUGAAUUUUUGUUGAUUUUUCCCCGUUUUCUCGUUUUCCACCCUGUCGUUUGUCUUGUAGUUUGCAUAUAAACCGAUUUCUUCGUU